AUGCAGCUCAAGACUUUUACGUUUCUUUUCGUGGCUCAAACUGCCAUUGCCAGCCAGAUAAAAUGGGCAGGUGUCAACUUGUUUGGUCUCGCCAACGAUGUCAACAUCCUCGGAUCAGCUGACAACACCUUCCUCGAUCUGUCCUGCGAGCCAAGCUAUCACAGCUAUCCUUACAUCAACACUGUGGAGGAUUACGAGUCAUGGCACGAUAAAGGCUUCAACCUCUUUCGAAUCGCUAUGGCUUGGCAGCAUGUUCAGACCUCGCUUGGCGGUAGCUUGAAUGAGACCAACAUGGAAGCAGUUGACAAGCUGGUCAAGGUCAUUACUGAUGAUGGUGGGCAAGCCAUCGUGGACAUUCACAACUAUGCACGUUGGUACUGCGCCGUGAUUGACCAACCUGAAGUGUCAUUCCUCAAUCCCAACAUCACCGUUACCAACGACCACUUUGCAGAUCUCUGGACAAAGCUUGCUGAGAGAUACAAAUCAAACCCCAAAGUAAUCUUCCAACUGAUGAAUGAACCUCAUGAUCUUAACAUCACCAAAUGGGGCGCGACCAACCAGGCUGCAAUUCUUGCGAUCCGAAAGGUCACCGCAAAACAGAAAAUUCUUGUCUCAGGAACACAGUUCGCUCGCCUCGUUGACUGGGAGGCUUUCUCUCAACCAGGCAUCGGUCCCGGUCUGAUUCAAGACCCCGCCAACAAUACCCUUUACGAUUUCCACCAGUACUUUGACGAUAUUGCCGGCGCAUAUGGUCUCUGUGAACCUUGGAGCGGUUAUGUAAAGAGGUUUGAGGCAGUGACCCGCAUCUUGCGCCGCAGUGGCUUUCAAGGAACCGUCACAGAGUUUGGUGGCGGGCCUUUUCCUCAGUGCGCCGAGACCAUUCAAUCUAUGCUGGCAUUCCUUGACCGCAACAGUGAUGUAUGGUAUGGAUGGACUGCAUGGGGUAGCUUCAAUGAGGGCUCGGAUUUGUACCUGAGUUUGGACAAGAACUCGACCUACAACCUUAUCACCAGGACUCUGGAGAAGUUCGUUCCGAAGUAG